GAACGCCUAAGAUGGAUCACGGUUUUCUCAAUGAGAGCUUGAAUCAAGUGAUCUCACUUACAUUGGCUGAGCCUGAGGCUAGUGAGGUAGCUGAGAACCUCCCCAAAGGGCCAUACAACCCUUUCCGUAACCAGCCUGAAGAGACGGAAAAAGACGCUCUUUACCACUUCAUGGUGACGGGCGCACCGUUAUCUCAACAGAUCCCCCCUCAUUUUGGGGCCUUGUCUCAUCCCGACCCGAAUAGCGGAUUAUAUCGUCUCCGCUUCAUCAAAGGCGAUGGAAAUGGAAUGAGGCGCCCAGACGAGCAUACCACACAGUACGAACACCACAAAUACAAUCAACGCUUGAAUCCACGUCCUGACAGAGUUGGCAACUAUGGGUUCGGCAUGUGUGGCACCCUCGAUUCCGUGCGCACGGAAAAUGACAUGAAGGCCGGCGCUCUUGCUCAGUUCCCCAACAUCGGUGGACUCGUCACAUCCGCUCCUUUCAAGGCCAGUGGGAUACGAUUCAUUUUCAAGGAGGUGGAUCAAACUAGCUUGAUCUUCACAAUGUUUCUGAAGCAUCCGGAGCUACUGCAAUCUUUAUUGGAGGAGCUGUUCACUUGGUUAGAGUCACUUUCUCACCUCACACGUACGUGCCAGACGACACGCAGGAUUGUCGAACAGGAAUUCGGCUACUUUGCAACGAAUAAGAUGGACUUUCUCAAGUGCGAUAAAUCGCCCGAAGAACUUCAAGCUCUCGUAGCUGCAGGAAAGUUGACACGAGAGUGUGUGGACGAUAUUCGUGUCCCCAAGUUCCUUCAUAUCGGUCGUGUACGAUACCCGACACAGAUGGCCCCUAGCUUUGGCGGCAGCCCUGACGUGUUUUGGCCGCCGCAAGUUUGGUCAGCAGAUGAGGAAGGUUUACAGACUCAUCAAGAUCUGUUCAACGACCACGGGUUUCAGAAUAUUAUCCCGUAUACCCGGAAACGAAGUGAGAUGCCUUUUUAUCAGCAUUGCGGCGCACUGCAGAAACUUUUGAGAACCUGUUUUCUCCAUCCCCGCAAUUUCAACUUCUUGACGAUAACAAGCCUUGAUGCUCUGAACGUCACAAGCGUCAUGGCAAUCAUCGAAGGCUGCCCAAAAUUGAGGGGACUUUGCAUCUACAGUUGCCCCCUGAUUAGCUUGCACGAAGUACGCGAGAUAAUCCAGGCUAUUGGUAAGACAAACGAAUUACGAAUCAAGGCCAGGAAGCCUCUCCUUGACCUUGAUAUUGCGCCCCGGUUCCACCAAGGCCCAAUCGAUGGCCGAAACGGAUCUUAUGGCGUCACGCAUUCGGAUCCGACGUUAUAUUGCGACUGGAACACUGACGUUGGUCGCGCUAUAGGCGCCAGCAUUGUUUCAUUAAUGCGACAAGCCGAAAAAGCCAGCAUCCAGUUAUGUCAGCCCGGUAAGGCAUUCCGACUGUGGUUGGAUAAGUUGCCCCUCGAUCUAUAUCAAGCCGAAAAUUUGUGUGUUACUGCGGCCAACUUCUUACAAAAUGAGAAGAAACGCUGGGACUGGGCACAUGAGGUUUAUUGUAGCCCUGGCGACGAACGUCCACGAGCUGCUCUCGUCAAACGGUUCGAUGAGACCGUGGCUCUCGAUUUGCUUGCGGCGGCUUUAGCUCGGCCGAUCAGACACAAGAUCGACUAUGUCGAGCAACACAAGUUCACAUGUACGACUUGUAAUGAAAGACUUCCUGGCGAGUUUUUCCGAAGAAUCUCAGCAAGUCGUCCCCCAAACUCAAUAAAGUGCGAAGGAUGCGAGUUGGGGUUCCAGCAACAAUACGAACCCGGCAACAACCAACUGGAGAUGAACCGUAUCGUCGUUAAUAUGUGGCUCGAUGCCCCAGAAAAAUCACUAGACUGGAUCAGUGGUGAUUCGUUUGAAGCUAAGCGUAGGCGAGACGUCCUGAUUAACGAAGCAAAGAAGUUGCCUACAAGCGAAACGCUUCUGAUCCGAGCAGAGAAGCUAGACGACAAGCGUCAGGACGUGGUGGAUGAGAUGUACGACUGCUACGAUUGGAUCAGGAAGAAGGAUCUCGAUGGAAAGAGAAAGAAUAUUGAGAGGAAAAUUGAAGCCCUCCGAGUGCGAGCAGGGUUCCAAGCACGACCAAAACCUGGUCUGGCUUCUGAAUAUGACUGGGAUUACCGUCGCCGCGCGUAUUUCUGGACAGGUCAACUGGAGAGUGGCAAUGUCCAGAACAACGGGCCUUAUGAAAACGUCACGCUUCUAACGCUAAAGAAGCAUUUCACCAUGCUUCAUUAGUUACUCUGGUCUGCAUCUCCGGUUUGGUUUUGGAAUACCUUAUCAAAUGGUUACACUACAACUUUGCUCCUCAGUUCAUUAGGCGCAGUCUUUUCCGGUCCUCCGGGUUCAUACCGUGCUUUCGAUAAGAUUCCCUGCACAAGGAGAUGCUUGAAAACUAUCCUUUCACUACAAUCUGCGAGUUUUUUGCAGCACAGGUUUGUAUCAGGUCUGGCACCGUUCUCAGCACUCAAGUUCUAGUCCCAUUUCCCCUGAGCCCUUGAGUUUCGGGCUCGCACGAACAAGGUUCGCCCCUUUGCAUAGACAAGCCUGGCAGCGUACACACCCUGCUCCCCUUGUUUCUGCUUCCCCCUACGUCUCGCACAGCUCACGGAGGUAAAAAACAGAAAGAAGCACUCCAAAAGGUAAAAAAGAAAAAUCACCAAAAGAAAGAAAAAGGAAACAAAAAGGUAAUACGGUUUUUUGGAAUGGAUACACG